AUGCAACUGAAGACCAACAAGGAGUUUCGAAGUCUCCACCAAGCGAUAAGAGAUAAAAGGCUUCUUGUGGACUACACUAGUAAAACAUCUCUCAAUGAAAUGCUGUCUAUACUCGUGGUUCAGAUACGGAACCAGAUAUGCCAUCAGAUCGCAACUGCCGGGUGCUUCAGUGCACUGAUAGACAAAAGCAAAGACAAGGGCAAGAGAGAAGAGCUCGCUUUCUCUGUUCGCUACUACACUGAGAAGGUACAAGAGAGAUUUCUGUCCAUGACUGCACCCACCAAAUUUGAUGCAGAAGCUAUUUCAGCAGUUACGAAAGACCUGAUCUCUAAAGUCCAGCAGAAAUCCAAUGGAUCGCCUAUUAUCAGCCUUGGCGCAGAUGGCGCUAGCGUGAUGUCUGGUCGGUUAGCAGGAGUUGCAGAACUGCUUCGAUCGAGGUAA